AGAUCUGAGCCAGGAUUUUCUCGAACCAUCUGACAGACUACAAAAGCCGCACCGGCACACUUUGCAGGCGGAUACCUUUACUCUCAGAGAGGCAGCAGCGCAUCGGAGCGAAGAAUACGAGUGUAUUCCGAAGCUUUCAUCACUAAUAGGACGAAGAUGCCUGAACUUCAUGACCAACCAAUGGAGGAGGAGGCGGAGACCUUUGCAUUCCAGGCUGAAAUUGCUCAGCUGAUGUCCCUCAUUAUCAACACUUUUUAUUCCAACAAAGAGAUCUUCCUAAGAGAGCUUAUCUCCAACUCCUCUGAUGCCCUGGACAAAAUUCGCUAUGAAAGCCUUACUGAUCCCUCCAAGCUUGAGUCUGGCAAAGACCUUAAAAUUGAAAUCACGCCCAACAAGGAGGAGCGCACCCUGACUCUCCUCGACACUGGCAUUGGCAUGACCAAGGCCGACCUGAUUAACAAUCUCGGCACAAUUGCGAAGUCUGGCACCAAGGCUUUUAUGGAGGCUCUGCAGGCCGGAGCUGAUAUCUCCAUGAUUGGUCAGUUCGGUGUUGGUUUCUACUCUGCGUACCUGGUAGCUGAGAAGGUCACAGUCAUCACAAAGCACAACGAUGAUGAGCAGUACGCCUGGGAAUCCUCUGCUGGAGGCUCGUUCACAGUUAGACUAGAUAAUUCUGAACCUCUGGGCCGUGGAACAAAAGUCAUCCUGCACCUGAAAGAGGACCAAACAGAAUAUCUGGAGGAAAGAAGAGUGAAGGAGAUCGUGAAGAAGCAUUCACAGUUCAUUGGCUACCCUAUCACACUCUUUGUGGAGAAGGAGCGGGACAAGGAGGUGAGCGACGAUGAGGCAGAGGAGGAGGAGAAGGAAAAGGAGAAGGACAAAGAGAAGGAGGAAGAGAAGGAUGAGGACAAACCUGAGAUUGAGGAUGUUGGCUCAGAUGAGGAAGAUGACCAUGACAAGUCCUCAGAUAAAAAGAAAAAGAAGAAGAAGAUCAAGGAGAAGUACAUUGACCAGGAGGAGCUGAACAAGACGAAACCCCUCUGGACCCGUAACCCAGAUGACAUCACCAACGAGGAGUACGGCGAGUUCUACAAGAGCCUCACCAACGACUGGGAGGACCACCUGGCUGUUAAACAUUUCUCUGUUGAGGGGCAGCUGGAGUUCCGCGCUCUGCUCUUCGUGCCUCGCCGCGCCCCGUUCGACCUGUUUGAAAACAAGAAGAAGAAGAAUAACAUCAAGCUGUAUGUGCGCAGGGUGUUCAUCAUGGACAACUGUGACGAGCUCAUCCCAGAAUAUCUCAAUUUCAUCAGGGGUGUUGUGGACUCUGAGGAUCUGCCCCUAAACAUCUCCAGAGAGAUGCUGCAGCAGAGCAAGAUCCUGAAGGUGAUCAGAAAGAACCUGGUCAAGAAGUGCCUUGAGCUGUUCACAGAGCUGUCUGAGGACAAGGACAACUACAAGAAGUUCUACGAGCAGUUCUCCAAGAACAUUAAGCUUGGAAUCCAUGAGGACUCUCAGAAUAGAAAGAAGCUGUCUGAGCUGCUGAGAUAUUACACCUCUGCAUCCGGAGAUGAGAUGGUCUCCCUCAAAGACUAUGUCACACGUAUGAAGGACAACCAGAAACAUAUCUACUACAUCACAGGGGAAACUAAGGACCAAGUAGCCAACUCUGCCUUUGUGGAGCGUCUGCGUAAAGCUGGCCUGGAGGUCAUCUACAUGAUUGAGCCCAUCGAUGAGUAUUGUGUCCAGCAGCUGAAGGAGUUUGAGGGCAAAAACUUGGUAUCGGUAACAAAGGAGGGUCUUGAGCUGCCUGAGGAUGAGGAAGAGAAGAAGAAGCAGGAGGAGAAGAAGGCUCAGUUUGAGAACCUCUGCAAGAUCAUGAAGGAUAUCUUGGAGAAGAAGGUGGAGAAGGUCACAGUCUCCAACCGCUUGGUUUCUUCUCCCUGCUGCAUCGUGACCAGCACCUACGGUUGGACCGCCAACAUGGAGAGGAUUAUGAAGGCUCAGGCACUGAGGGACAACUCUACAAUGGGUUACAUGGCUGCCAAGAAACACCUUGAGAUCAACCCUGACCAUCCCAUCAUGGAGACGCUGCGUCAAAAGGCAGAAGCAGACAAAAAUGACAAGUCUGUGAAGGAUCUGGUGAUCCUUCUGUUCGAGACUGCUCUACUAUCCUCAGGCUUCACACUGGAGGACCCCCAGACACACGCCAACCGCAUCUACAGGAUGAUCAAGCUUGGUCUUGGUAUUGAUGAGGAUGAUGUGACAUCAGAAGAUGCCACUCCUGCUCCCACUGAAGAUAUGCCUCCUCUUGAAGGUGAUGAUGACUCCUCAAGAAUGGAGGAAGUGGAUUAAGCUCCAUUUGCCACUAGUGUUAAAAUUAGUAAAUUGUACAGUUUAAAGCUUAAUGCUGUAAAUGAGCUUGGAAUGUCUCCGGUUGUCCUGUUUCUGUUCACAUGGACCUCAGUUCAGAUCAUUCCUUUAAGAUGUUGCUUUCCAGUUGUCAGUGACUUUUUUCUUUUUUUUAUUGAUCCACUGCAUUUGUGUUUUGUAUUUAUUGACAUUCCAAAUGUUCUUGAAUGUAAAUAUCUCAAGGUUGAUACUGUUAUUUGGAACAGUUUGGCACAUAAAUAAAAA